AUCUUGGAACUGGAGACACGCUCCGGCGUGUUGGCUUACAAUUGGCUGCCAUUACCUUCUUUCUCAUCAUCUAGUGUUACCUACACCUCAGUGCCAUCCACUGACCGGUGUUCAGUCCUUCGAGACUGCAGCCGCUGUCUGUCAGCUCUCCUUCUCAGGGUUGUUGUCCAUUAUGUGUCAUCUACAGCUGAGGACAUUGAUUUUUGUAGCCUGGGUGCUGGGCUACAUCGCCUUCCUGCUCUCCGUCAGGAGGAUGUGGACGGGCAAAUACGUGAGAAGUCCACUCGUCCGUUCACUGUUCAUGAACAUGGCGAGCGAGGGUGAAGCGGUCGAGACCCACGAGUGGUACCGGUGCUCCCUUGACCUGCUAGGAGAAUCCGUUCAGCCCCUGUUCGUCCAGAGCAAUCUGGACUCGGCCACCAAGGCUUUCCUCAAGCGGAGCGUGGAGAAGUCUGGCUGGCUGUUCACGCAGCUCUACCACUCAUUUGUAUCCACGGUCCUCGGGCCCGUGGCCUCCCGCACAUCCAUCAAUGGGUUUCUGGGUCGCGGCUCUAUGUUUGUGUUUUCCGCUGAGCAGUUCCAGCGGCUGCUCCGGAUCGGCCCAGAGUGGAGGGCUGAUAGACUGCUGGACCUUGGCGCUGGGGACGGAGGUGUCACAGAAGUGAUGAGAGCCCAUUUCAGAGAGGUCCAUGCAACUGAGGUGUCAUUACCCAUGAAAUGGCACCUUCAGAGGAAGAAUUACAAAGUUCUGGGUAUAGAUGAGUGGCAGCAGACUGGUAUCCAGUAUGAUGUGGUCAGCUGUCUGAACCUGCUGGACCGCUUGGAUGAACCUCUGCAACUCCUGCGGGACAUCAGGCGAUCGCUGGUUCCCAACACAGGGAGACUCAUCCUGGCUGCAGUGGUUCCCUUCCAGCCGUAUGUGGAAGUCGGUGGAAGUUGGCACCGCCCCAAACAACACCUAAAAGUAAAAGGAAAAACGUGGGAGGAGCAAGUAACCGAGCUGUCCAAUGAGGUUUUCCGCAGGAUGGGGUUUGAGGUGGAGACUGUGACCCGGUUGCCAUACCUCUGCGAGGGGGAUAUGUAUAACGAUUACUAUGUUCUCGACGAUGCAGUUUUUGUUCUCAAGGCCUCAGAGGAGAGUCAAGAGUCUGCUCAGUGAAUACCAACUGCAGUGCGGAGCUGUCAGAGACCCUUCCUUCGCUAACCUACUUUAUCCCACUCCCUGGUGGAUUUUAGUGCAAUUCUAAUGAGCGUCAUCCAUAAAACACAGUAUUUCUGACUUAAGAAAGGGUGAGUCAGGUGUGAAGCUCAGGUACUGUAGUUCCAACAAUUACCAGCCAUCUUACGCGACAGUGAUACCUCUACCUUUAAAGCAAAAAAAAAAAAAAGUGAGUGGUAGAUUUUCCUGUAUUGAAAUGCCACUGCAGAUCAAAUCCUCUAAGACAUAUCAACAUGUUAUUUGUGGGAACUGUUUACUGUCACUGUUUGGUUAUUCUUUAUUUUUCAUUGGAAUAUCAACUAUUGAAUUAAUUGCCAACUAUUUUGAUCAUUGAUCAAUUUGUUUGAGGUUUUUUUUUUUCUUUUUAAGAAAAAAAUUCA